AUGGCCACUUUUUACGCCAACCCCAACGAGGAGGGAGAACCUUGGAUAGAGAGGGCUGCCAUUGAAGGUUACGGUUUUAGAAUAUGGCAUCUGAUCUUUUUUUGCUUUUCUGGUGUUACAAUAUUUUCUUUGUCUAUCAUACAAGAAGACUACAAAACGGAGAAAGAAAAUAUAAAUUGCGAAAUGUGUUCACCUGCUGACUAUCAGAUAAAUGUAGAAAACAAUUUGGAAUAUUCAAGAGCUGAACCUCAACAACCGACGAAUUUUGCUAAAAAAAUUGCAAAUGCCAUGAGAAUGACGUCUAAUAGACCAAUGUCUUAUAAAUAA